GUUGAUGGCGAAGAGACUAUUACCCUGCAGUUGAGCUUUCUACGUUUGCCUUGUGCCACACAAUACAUCAAAAUACGUGAUGGUCCAUCAUUAUCCUCAACUUUGUUGAUAGAGUUGCAGGGUGGUAGCGGAGGUGUUGGUGGCAAUGGUAAUGGCAAUUUACCUGUUUUUGUGGAAUCCAGUGGAGCUCAAUUAUUAUUGGAAUUUUUUGCCGGUGAGGAUGGCAGCGGAGGCAGCAUUGCGAACAAUACUGAAAUCCAUACGGGCCUAAUAUGUACGGGUGGUUUUUUGGCCAACAUUGAACAAAUUGCUAAAAAUUCUUCGGGCGCAUUAAAUAAACCGGUAAUUGCCGCCACGGGCCUGACCAUCAAAAGUCGGGCAUUUCUGCAGAAGCCCAAAAUGAAGUCGAAAUUUACCCUGGUCCACUUGAGUGCGAUUGUUUUUGCCAGCAUCAUAAUACUCAUCAGUGCUUUACUGGGUGCCCAAUAUGUUGUUCGCUAUCGUAAAUAUCACUUGGCCAUUGCCAAGCGGCGAGAUGAAGGUUCUCGGCUCCAUACACCCAGUGCUUCAAUGAAUUCUCUGGCCAGCCCACCUUCGAGAGCCAUAUCGACCACAACUUUGAUUUCCGAAGUUAUUUAUAUGGUUAAAAUGCGACCGAAACAUCAGCUAAGGCAUUCGAUUUUAAGGGAGAGUGUCGAUGCGGAAAAUUUGGCCCGAGAGACAGAAAUGAAGGAGUCUGAUCCCCUCCCCCUCUUUUCUUUCUUUUUUAGUGUCGAUGAACUCGGCAGCAAUGUUUCGAUUAGCACCUUGCGCAAUGAAAUCAUAUCACCAACCACCGAAUCUAUGAGUCGCACUCCCUCCACUGAAGGCGGCUUGGUGCAGCGUACCGCCAGUGAGUGUUCAAUUGGUAAUGAGGCCGAUGAGGACGAAAAUGAUCCACGUAAUGCCACACUGAAGCGUAAGGAUAGCGCUAAAGAUUCCGAAAGUAUUAUCUCAUCGGGAAUGUCAUCGAUCUGCCAGAGCCCACCCAUGAAUACGAAGCGUAGUAGUAAAUAUUCCGAACGCUAUGAUGCUGCCACCCUGAAAAUGACCAAUUCCUAUAUGGAAGAGAAAACCGAUUGUGAGUCACUGAAAUCGAUUAUUGUUCAUCAGCAGCAACAGCAUCAGAGAAUGAAUCCACGAUGCUGUUCGGUAAAUUUGACAAAUGGCUGCUAUUCUCCUGCCUCGAGCAUCAUUAGCUCCGCCACCAUACGCAGCACAAAUGCCAAGGAGAGCAAGGAGAAACAAAAUCGCAAGAAGUUGUUGGCCCGCCCGGGAUCAGAAUUCUCUCUGGGAAAUCAGGAGGACUUCGAGCUGGACUAUUAUGACUACAAUGUAACAAAUGCCGGUGCGGCUCCCGGUUCAUAUUUGGGUAUGGAUCCAGCCUAUUUAAUAUGGAUACCACCCUUUGAUGAUAUACCCGAUUCCCCGGAGCGGGAAGAUGAUGAUAAAACCCCCGAACCAAUACCGGAUGAAAAUCAUCCUCUCUACGAAGAUAUUAAAAUGCCAAAAUAUGGACACUAUCUUAGUCCGCAUAGUAAUACGAACUCGAGUAAUAAUACCACCACCAAUACCAGUCCCAUAUCAGAUGAAUUAUCCCCGCUGAAUAGUAACUAUCACUCCAAAGCGACAACACCCUCCGAAACAGAUUUGAAAAAUUGCCUCAUACGCAAGGCAAUUUCUUCGAAUUCACAAAAUUCACCCUCCAAACAAUCGACACCAUAUCUAUCGCGUAAGAAACGUAAACAUCAGCGGCAGCAAUCGAAAUCGACAAUGUCGCUAGGGCAUCAUGACCCCGCCGAAGAAGAGAGUAUACCCCUGAAGGAGUUAAAUUGUACCAAAUCGGCACGCAAUUUGGUGCUGCAACACCAAGAAAAUCACCCAAACCAACCCAUGGAAACGGGUACCAUUUUGGAGACGGAUUCUAUGAACGGGUCGUAUAUCGAAAAGGAAACAUCGGUUGUUAAAUCACCAAGUGAUUUACAAAACUAUACUUCGGAUAUACAAUUUGCGGAUGAUAGUGAUGGCAGUGAUAUUGAAUUAUCGUCCAUAGGACAUCAAAAAGAGCGUAAGUUAUCGGCAAAGGAAAUACUGGCGGAGGAAUGUAAAAUUGUAAGGGAUAUGAAAAAGGUUAGCGGGACACUGUUGUCGCAGCAGACACAUCCAACAACGCGUACAAUGAAAAGGACACAGGUUUAA